ACCGCGCGGCGCCUACGUGCCCAGUCCGCGUCGCCCGUUCACCAUACAAAGAACACCUCUGUACUGUAAAAAAUCUGUGAUGUAUUGAUUAAUUUCAACUUUAUCCUCACGCUAAUAACCGUCUAACACAACCGUGAAGUUCAAACCAGUGUUUAAAUCGAGACAAACGGUGAUUACGACGCGUUUUGAACGGGCCACGUCCUAUGGAAUUCCACAUUUAUCGUUGAAUAGAAUCUAGCGGACUGAGAAACAUGGAGGACCCAUCGCGUCGCCUCUGAAUGGAUUGAUCGUGUUUUAUAAGUGAAAUUGUGGACGUUUUGUGAUGUAUAGUGAUUGUGCUUUAUAAAUAUGGAUUGGUGUAUGUUCGAGAGUGUGUAGCUAGCCCGACUCCGUAGCGUCGUCGUUAUAGAAUGCGAGUGUAGUAAACCAGUCAGGAUGGUGUCGCUUACAUACUUUGGCCUCCGUCAUACGCCGUGGACCGUCCUUGUGCUUAUUUUCUUCAUCGAAAGCGUGAUGGGGAACUAUGCCAAGUCCUUCUACAUACAUUGGAACACAACAAACAGCAUAUUCCGAAUAGAUAACACAGACCAUGUAUUCGACUUGAAUAAAGGAAACGCACAGUUCGAAUACGACCAAGUGAAUAUAAUAUGUCCAGUGUACACCCCAGGGACGUUUGAGGAGGACACGGAAAAGUAUAUAAUAUAUAACGUGAGUAAAGAGGAAUAUGAUACGUGUAGGAUAACUAAUCCGAACCCCCGGAUAAUCGCGAUAUGCGAUAAACCGCACAAAUUGAUGUUUUUCACUAUAACGUUCCGGCCGUUUACGCCUCAGCCGGGCGGGUUGGAGUUCCUCCCGGGGAAGGACUACUACUUCAUAUCGACGUCCAGUAAAGACGACCUGCACAGACGCAUCGGGGGCCGAUGUCUGAGUCACAACAUGAAGCUGGUGUUCCGGGUGUGCUGCAAGCCGGAGGAGCAGUCUCCGGCGCCGCAGCCGCAGCCGACCCUGCCUCCGCCUCCCCCGCCCCCGACCACGCCGACCACCACGACGAGCACCACGACAGUCAAGCCGGUCACUAAAAAGACGCACAAGUACGACAAGACGCCGAAUGAGGUGAUCAAAAGCGAGGAGUUGUCCCACUCCCGUGGGGCCGCGCUGGCUUCGUCCCUCGCCCUGGCUCUGGCUGCGAGCGCCGUCUUAGCGCCCCUGGCUCGGUGAAUGUGCGCACGGGCGGCGCGACCCGAGCGGCCCCAUCUGGUCGCGAAGCCAGGCCCCAACACACAGACUUUACACACACUACAUCUACGCCCGGACACUCUCAUCUACACGUGAAUUUGUGCGAAACAGUGAACAAACUAGUGAAGUGAUGUGCCCCAAGGAUUUUGGAUCUUAUCGACUUGUAAGUAAAAGGUGAUAAGGGAUGUGCAAAACUCAAGUUCCAAUUGACAAAGUUAGUCUUAAGGAACACGAAAGCCUAAUUUUUAUCUAAGUAUAAUAUGGGCCUACUGAGUAAUUUGUGAAGUUAAUUUCAUUAGAGGACUUUAAACUGUAGUCUAUGAUCAGUUAAAUAUAUUUAUAUAUAAAGAAAUGUUAACAUGUAUGAUAAAAUUAGGUUUCUUAAACCAUUUAGGAAUUAACGAUUUUUUAUAUUUUUCAUUAUGCAAAGGAUAUUUGACUAAGAAAUUAGGGUUCUUAACGGAUCAAAUGCAGAUAUAGGAAAACGUAUUUAAAACAAUUAGGUAGCUUUUUUAAUUUUUAGUUCUGAAAACAGUUUUUUAAAUACUUCUCACGACGAAUAAUUAGAACUUUAUUUAUAUUAUAAAUGAAAAACUUUGGGCAAGUUAAGAAUCUUGUCUAUGGAACUGUGAUUUUGGUUUUAGUAUUUUAUUUCUCUCUUUGUAAUAUGCUUUUAUUAUGUGAUAUAUUUACCUUUUAUGUAUUAAAAGUGAAAGCCUUUUCACCUCAUUUUUCUUGACUGAUUUUUGCAUUUCAGCUUUUUCAUAUUUUUUAACGAAAAAAAAAUAUAAAUGCUAGAAGCACGUCACUAUCUUUGAAAAUGGCAACCCAAAGUCGAUAGAAGCUUGGAAUUCCGCCAUUUUCUUAUUUACAAAAUAGCAAAAUAAGCUAAAAAGAUAGUGAAAUGCAUUGGUAGCUAAGUAAAUAACAAUUCUGAGACCUACGCCUAUUAAAAAAAACAUGAAAUUUUCAAAAAUGUGUGACUACAAUGAAAAUUUCAUCUUUUUCAAAAUAAGGAUGCACAAUAGUGCCAUCGAGGAACGUGCAAACGUUUAAUUUAAUAACGAAAUAGUCAAAUAGUUAAUAGUAGACGAAAUAGACCGGUUUUCUUUUAGACAUAACUCAAUAGUGACAGUUGAUAUAUUUUAGGUAGUUUUUAAGAAGAAAACAAUUGAGUUUCAAAUUGCAUUGAGAGAUUACACCACAACUUAAACAACGAAAUUACAAGAAAAUAACAAAACAUACUGCACUUGAUGCAAAACCACAUAAAUAUAAACUUUAAAAGAAAACUGAAGAAAACGUAACUCUAGCUUCAGAAGUAAAUGCUAAUUAUCAUUCUAAUACUGCAGCUGAAAUAACUAUCUACUAUGAAAGACUGGACUAACCUCAAUAAAGCACAGUAAUCUUAUAACAUUGAUAAUAUAUCCGACCUUACACCAAGCUAAUAAUUCAUUUGAAAUGUGACAGACAAAACCGUCUAUCUCAAUUUUCAAAGAUUUAUUAAGAGUAAGUAGUAUUAAAUAAUGAGAAAAGUUUUCGUAGAAAAGCUUAUUUUAGAGAGCCUAGGAUAACGCAUGAAGAUAAUCAUAAUAUCAAUGUGGAUUAUGACAACAAUACAUUGAAAAUUGACAACUAAGAAAAACUCUUCGAAAGAAUUAAAUAUCUUUUGCAAAACUAUUUGAAAAUCAUUCAGCUUAAUGUAAAUAUUGCAUAAAUAAAUACAUUAAAGAUGAAUUCAAAUGUAAACGUCUUAAAAACUACACAUCUGGCAGAGACAACAGAACAACAUUUUUAUCAUCGUAAAACUAAAAUACAGCUAAUUAAAGAUAAAAAGAACGUGACACAUAAAAAGGUUUUACUCUCCUUUAAAAACAAAACGACAUUUUACUGUGUCUUUGGUCAUGCAUUGUUUUCUAAACAAAUGCGCGUUUAAAUAUAGACUGAGCGUGUAUUAUCGUUUAAGAUCUUAAGUUGUACACAUACUGUUGAAACAGACUUUAUUUUAUAUUCAAAAACAUUGUCACAUUCAUGUACAAUAUCCCUUGUACCACGAUUUAUGAAUUCUACUUUUGUAAUCUCAAAAAUAUCAUCAAUAUUGCUCUAAUCAUGUUUUUUUUGAGUCCAAAACUCCAAUAGAGGAAAAUCGAUUUAAAAUUUUGCAUAUUUAGGCGUGGAAAAUUUGUAGGCAAUGGUGCCAAGAUCGUGACUGCAGAUUCAGAUUUCGAAAGCAGCGCUUUGAAGACAAUAUUUGCAAGUAGAGUUUUUUCCUUAAACUUUCCAUCAUCUGCCUUUUUAUUGUCCCACUGCUGGGCUGCGGCCUCUUCUCAUACAGAGAAGGAAUGAGCGUUAAUCACCACGCUUAUUCAAGGAGUCUUGGCAAUCUUUGAACAAUUAUAGUUGUAGUUAAAAGGGAUAGGCCAUACGUGUCUCAUCGUGCUAGACAUUUACAUACGUCUCUCCUUAGUAUAAUUUAUGAUGUGACGGUUUAAGUCAUUACUUAAACAAACAGCUUUAAACAAACUCUUUUUGCCAGAACACCUUCCAUUAUAUACUUUAAUCUAUCUAUCAAAUAAUAACGGUCGUUUUUUUCAAGAUUCCGGUAAUCAAUAUUUUUUAUUUUGAGUUUAUCUCGAUCAAUUUUUUGUCCUUUCUAUGUGAUAUUUAUCUACUGCUCUAAAAUGGCUUUCCCUCUAAAAUUGCAGAUUUCAAAAACUAUGGUUGCUCUGCAGUUAUCAACGAUUUUUUCAUUUCAAAAAUGUCUCACAUAAUAUUUUGAAAAACCGGCUGUUGUUUUAGAAAAAAAUCCGGUCACAUUGACAACGGAAAUUGGUAUCGCUACAGAAUUCCUUAUGUGUACUUUUCACACGUUUCGACGGAACAUACGCCCCAGACCAAUAGUUUAAACAAUUCUUGACGCACCUUUGUCGAAGAAUAAUGCGUAUAUAUGACGAUAUGCCUCAUGAAUCAUAGUACUGAAAAGUUCAGAGUGUAUAUGUAUGCAAAUUAUGUUCAUAGAAUCAUGACGCAAAGGCUUAUUGAGUAUUUCAUUUCUAUACCAUAACGACGAGCCCUCAAAAUUAAUAUACGUUUAUGACUAGGUUUGGUUUCUAAAGAUUACAUUUUAUGUCAUGUGUGGUAGGGCUCUAGUAAUUUGUUUCGAACCCUUUGUUUUUCAGUUUAAUUAAGUUAUUGUUGCUAGAUUAUGUAGGCUCAGUAACAAUUCUAGGUUUCAAAGGGCCUUUUCUAAGUAAAGUUUUGACUUAUAAUAAAUAUUUUACGGAGAUCACAAAAAUGUUUGCGCCUACAAUAGUGUUUUAGUAUCUAACUAUUGCUUUUGACAACUAUGACCUACACUUUACUAUGAAAAGAUCAUUAUUUAUUGAAUUUGAUAAUUAUUUUGAGAUAUCAAUUUUAAAAGUAUUUCUGAGAACUGUCUUUUAAUUAUCCAACUAAUUAUUUUAAUUUUGAAAACAACAGCCCUAAAUGAAUAUAAGCCUUUCAAAAGAUGAACGAGAAAAUAACAUGAGUUCAGGUAGGUGUGUUUGUAACCGUCUCAACUGACUGCUUGAGUGGUUCUAUUUUUAUUUUAAACCAAACAGUUAAACGUCUACUUAGCAUUUCUGGGUACCGAUCGUUUGUUUAACCAUGUCUCAGUUAUUUUCAGUUUCUGAAGGGAUUGCGUUGGACCAAUCUUAGUUAAGAUUGCUCGCUUGUAAUAAUUUAGACGUUUUUUUUUUCUAAACACAAGCACACCUUUUUGAUGUUACUUGACUUGUUAAAACGUCGGAACUUUCGUUUGUUUUUUUAACUGUCUUGGUUGCUUUUUCUUCAGUUAUUGAGAUGUUAGGUUUUUAGAAAAGGGUUCAUUCAUUAUCUUGGUUUGCUAUGUAGGUUUUUGUUUUAUGAACAGCUCAUUCAUUCAGUUAUGAUUCAUUACGGUCGUAAGAUAAAUAUGAUUUCAAUGAAUGUGGUUAUUGUGUUUUGUCAAAGUAACUAUCUGAAACUUUGAUAAGCUUACACUGUAGUUUAAUGUGAAUACUUUUGAUUGUCUUUUGUUCAACAGCAAAAUAAAUAUUGUGUUCAUAUCUGAAUUUAACAAACAAAGUAUCAUUAUAUUCGUUUUAAAGAUCAAAUACGUUUACUAGAUCAUUGUCCUCAAAACGGCGAACUUUUAUGAUUGGACUGGAGAUAAACCGCACAAUUUCUUUCUUUAAUGGUGAUCAUUAAGUUGCGAAUAUUUUUAAUAUGCCUCGCAAAAUCGGUCUGUUAGAUGUACUUAAUAGAAUAAUAACAUUUGGUUUCAUUGAAAAAGCCGCUUCAAAAAUCAACCGUGAUUGCAAAUAUGAUCUUAUCCACGUAUUUUGAACGUAAACUUUUUCUCAUUUACAAUUUGAAAUGCUUAUUGCAGACUUUCAUAAUUUACUCUACUAAAAUUACAUAAUAUAACUUUUAACCUAUGGUAUGUUUCGCCCAUAUUGCAUGAUAAAAACUCUUAUUCAUGACUUUAAAAAACUGUUUCAUUAAAACGAUUCCAGCUAAAUAUUUAGCAAAAAUUUUUUUUAUUCUUAUUAAUAAAAGCUACAGAAUGAUAAACCACCUCUGAACUACCAUCUUGUAUGAUAAUAACAAUAAAUAUAUCAACUCAUUAAAUUUUAUGAGCCGUUUAGCUAAUUAAAUUAUUUCAAAUAUAUGACUUUAAAAAUGAACUUCUGAUGGUUGUAAUAUUAAAUUGCUUGAAUUUGUGAUGUCUUAUAAUGUUCUUUGCUCUUAUGAAAUGUUUUAAAGGUAUUUUUGGGACAGAAAUAACUCUUCUUAGACUAUGAAAACUGAGAGUUUAACUUAGGUCCUGUACCAUCACCAUCACCAUUCUUAAGCCAAUUUUAUUUGGGGUCGGCACAGCAUGUUUUCUCGUUCCAUAUUCUUCUAUCUGCCAUCAUCUACACAAGUAACAUUCUUUCUUACCGACUUUCACAAAAUCCAAGGUCAUAAAUAUCAAUGAAUGUUACUGUAUCGUUAAUAUCUUCACUCAAUUGAUUUUCUUUCAUAUCACAUUCAGUUCACAUCGAAUUUAUAUAAUUUUCACCAUCAAAGUCUACACCAUCAUUAUAUGCCAAGAUUGCUCAAAUCUUCUCUCCAUUACUCUCGAAAUUAUCUUUAUUCUUUUAACAUAUUGUUAGACUCUCAAACUGCAAAAUAAAACUCUAAACGGGAUAAAAUGGACCCCGUAUAAGUUGAUUGUACCUCAGCCAAGGCAGACAAAACCGGUUACAGCAAAUAACGUACUGAUUUAAAAAUAUAACCAAAUGACAGUUAGUGAAGUCAGAAUCUUUGGUUGAACAUUGUUCAUUUUAAUAUUGCCUUUUUUCCAAUUCUGGUGGAAUUUCUUUCAUUAUUUUGAUAAAGAUCAUCGUAGGUACGUUUUCAUCUGGGGGAUAGAUUACUGAAGCUGCAUUGGCAUUUUUCAUGUUCAAAGUAAUGAUUUAAUUCUACUCUUAUGCCGAUGGCAUAGAUGACAGCGUUGUCUAGAGGCUUACUUUGGUCACUAUCACCUGUAUUUACUUUCUGGUCUUCUAAACAUAUAAUUAGCUAUAUCCUUUGUGGCUUAUAUCUGUAAUUGUUUAGGCUCCUAGUCUGUAUUUUUACCUUUUAAGGAUGGAAUUCUAUAAAACAUGUCUACCCAUUUAUUUGCUAUUACAGCAUUUUGACAUAAGCUUCAUAUAAAUUAUAUCACCUUUCAAUUUCUAAUCGCAAAACAGCAGAUAGAUUACAGAAAUCCGUAGUAAAUGGGUAAAAGGCUGGUCCUCAUACUUACAAAUAUUGGUAUAUUCAUGUUUGUAGGCACAAGUUUAACUUAUCGAUUUACACAAAACACGCUUGAUGUUAUGUAAGAUUUAGCGCCGGCUCAACAACUCUGAAUAAAUUACCGAUGAAUAAUUUUGGUAGUUUCCAUAGGUUUGGUGGUAUUUUUCAUUUUUUGAUAUCGGCUUUUUGACCAGGAUUUUGACAAUCAUAGCCUUAUGCAUCAGUAUGACCCAGAGUUAAGACCAAUGCUUCAGUUUCAUCAUCAUCAUCUCAGCUGUAUGAUGAUCAUUGGUGAACAUAGGCAUAUCCCAUUGAUUUUCAAAAAGAACGGUUAGAAACGGUCUGCGUCCAAAGCCUACCCACGACUUUGAGUAGUUCCUAUUGAACGAGAUUCUCAAUUACUUUCACCACGGUCGACCGAAGAGGGUUUUUAAUUCUCCAGCGUUGUUUUAGUUAUAAAAUAAGAGAUGUUUGAAUAGUAUCAAUCUCAUUAACAAUCCCAUUUUGAACGCAAGUCUUAGGUAACCUUCAUCUAAUCAACAGCCUUAACUAGACAUAUUCUUGGAUACUAAUUCAUUCCCGUCAAUUACAUUAUGUCUAGUUUCAAACUAAUGUGACUAAAAAGCUCAACUCCAACUUUGUUACAAUUACCGAGGCGUGUCUUAGGCGCACCUAUUUCAAAUUGUUUGGCAAAGAUAUUCAACCAAGAUAAUAUGUACAUUGUUCAAGCCCGCGGCAUUGCUCGCGAACUCUGAAAUCAUGUUACAGCUAUUGUCAGUAUCAAUGUUACCUAGUAUAUGUUAAAUAAUAGCCGUUGUUGAAAUUUCGUCAUUUGAAAGUGUUUUAUUAAUACGACUACGUACAAUUUGGUCAUAUGACCCCUUUUUUGCAAUUGCGACAUUGGUCACUCUAGUUUUUGGUGUAACAAUUGUUAGUGUUUAUUUCGAUAGUGCUUUCGAAAUUACAGUAUUCAAUGUUUUUACUGCAACAAUACUUUUAGAACUGUAGAAGACUUUUCUUUCCUUUUAAAGUUCUGUUCCAAUUUCUAUAGCAUUUUAUUCUUUUUAAAUUUCUUGUGAUUAAUAUUUACUUGAGCUAGAUACAUUCAUCUUUGUCUUAGGUAUUUGAUCUAAUUAGUACCAACAUAUCUUGUAUCAUAAAUAUUUUGAUUAACAGAGUCUUUCAAAGAAUCACAAAGGACCCUUCGUAUUAACUUUACUACUGAAGAAAUGCCAUCAAUAUUUGGACUGGUUUUCAUUUUACGGCUCUCCGCCACCAUUGGUAGAUCAGUCAUAAAUCUCUCUAGCGUUUUAUCUAAAAAUGUUUAUGCGACUGGUCGUGUUCCAAUAAAAUUUAAUUAUUUCCCAUUAAUUUUUAUUUCAUACACUUCAUCUGUUAGUUUUUGUCUGUCUGUACGAAAUUCCCUUGUAAUAGGAGUUAAUGUUUUAAUUGUGGAUGAAAUUUUAAAAGUCUUUACUAUAAACGAGGUUCGUUGAUUUCUCUUCUGUGAUUAUAAUUACUGUACUCGAUUUAACAAUUAUAUGAAAUAGAAGUUUUUCUUGAUUUGUGGUUUUUGGAUAAUUAAGUUGUUUGCUUUGUAAUUAAGGAAUUUUGGCAAUCAUUAUUAGACGAUUCUGUAGAGAUUUAAUCUAAAAUCAAUAUUAAAGCUUUUAAAGGAUCGUUAGUUUUACAACCCGAAUUAAAAAGAUUUAUUACUAAAGCAUUAGUAUUUUGAACUUCGAUUAAAGAAAAUAACUUCUCAAUUGGUUAAAGUCACAUCAAUUAUUUUGAAAAUACUUAAAGGGACGGAGAACAGAAAAAUGUUAGCUUAAGUGAUUCUCCAGUUAAUACUAGACACGAACUCUCCUAAAAUGGAAGCCGAUAUCCAUAGUGAAGUUGCUUCGCCAGUCAAACGGGUCUAUGACCGCCUCCUGUACGAACAUAAAGAAUCUAUCUGAUAUAUUCGCUCAAACUUGAUCGUCGGCCAUUUUUCUUUUAGUUUCGAACAACAUAAAUGCAAAUGAAUCUUGUACCGACAGCCACGGCUUGGAAUAAUGACUUAUCGAAUUCUAUUCGUGUAAAAAUGUUUGCUUUUUCGAGAUUUAGUGUUUCGUUUUCGUCGUUAAUCUUAGAGGUUAUUAGGGUGUCUUUUUCUGUUAUAUCAUUAUUAAUGCUAUCAAUAUCUUUAAUGUUUUUAUAAUGCUCUUUAUGUCCAAUAUUAUCUUAAUAUGAUUCUUGUUUCUUAAUUGAAUUAAUUUCUUAGAUUAUUUCUCUUGUAAUGACAUGAUUGCUUAAUAGGUGUCGAGUUCAUUUCUUCCGUAUUUCGCUGUCGUCAGCAAAUACAUUAUGAAUUGAUCUGUACGUGAGUACAGAUACUGGUCCAUUAAUACAGAUUGAUAUUAUAUUAUCUUACAUAUACUUGUAUACAUUUAUCUUUGUGUGCUGUGGCGGAGUCCCGUGUCCCAAAGAAACUACAUCCCGCACAAGGAUAAAAAGUAGCAUUUAUGUAUGUACGUUAUUCUACCUACCUACAUAAGCUACAAUACUGCUAAGUUUAAUCGAAAUCCAUCUUAUAGUUUUUGCGUGAAAGAGUAACAGACAUCCAUACAUACUUUUCGCGUUUAUUAUAUUGGUUUUUUUGUUCUUAUAUCUUUCUUGAAGGUCAUUGAAAUUAAUCAAAUAUCAAUACCCGAGUAUUUCUCACUAAUAAAUACAAAGAAAUUUAAGAGUAUCAAUUACAAAUGAUUGGCUUUUCAUACUCAAUACUUUUAAUCAAUGCUGAAUUAAUUAGUGUAACAGACAAAGUUUUUGUUCAGAAGAAAAAACUUAUCAAUUCUUUGACUAUUAUUAAUGAGACGGCGAAUACCAAUGAUAAACUUGAAAAAAUACUCGCAAAAUUUUAUGUAGAUGUCUUUAAAAAACAUAUAAAGAAGCAAAAAAACUAAAACACAGCAUUCAUAAACGUGUAGACAGCUCAUUGUUUGAAUACAAAACAGAGAAAAAAUGGACUGUUAUUAUAGAAUGAGGAUGGACAAGAAAUGGCAGUAAAUUAUACGCAAAACUAGAUGAUAAAUCAUAGGAACGCAUUAAUCUUGUGAAUCAAACGACUCCAUCCGUCGGUCUGUUAUUUUUGGACCAGAGAUGCUCAAAUUUUGAUCACUACCAAGAAAAUGGUGAUGAAUUUUAAAAUAAUAUACGUGUAAUUUGAAAUGCAAAUACACUUGAGACUUUUGAAGUUGGCAAUUGAAAUUUUGAUGGAACUCACUAAUUACUGUUUCAUAUAGAUAUGAUUGGAGUUAUAACUACGAGGUUAGAACUAAAUCGAAGUUUCGUAAUCCACGAUAGAUUGUAGAUGAAUCGAAUUUCAACUAAAAAUGUUUAAAGUUAAAGGAAUUAAGUGUCAUUGGACUCUGUUAAAAAUAAAAACGUGCUAACACAAAAAAGCAAAUAACAAAACUAAUCGUUUUAGAUCCACUGGAUAAUUUGUUCCGAAAAUUAACUAAUAAUUAAGUCUUAAAACCGAAUGUAAGUAUACAAUUAAGAUAUGGAUAACAUCAAUGGCUUGCUAAAAGAUAAAAAUGAUAAUUAUAUUAAAACGGUUCUAAUAAAAAUGGCAAUUAAAACCACGGUUUAACAAACGGCUUUUUAACGUUGAUCUCUCUUUUUAUAGGGUUCAUUUCUUUUAUAUUUAUGACUGAUUUUGCUAUGGCUGUAAUUAUUAGAUAGCUUUUUUUCCAUCAUCUCUUUUUGAUUCAUAACUUUUGUCUUUACCAAUAUUGGUUUAAAUGUUUCAAGAAGACUCUGAAUUCUCUUUUUCAAGGGCUCAAUUUAAAGCUAUUUUUAAAUCAAGGAAAUAUAAGUUUGAAUUAAACGUUGAAGGGGCAAAUUUUUCAAUUUUUAACAGACAUUUUUUAAACGAAAUGAGCCGAUUCACCUAAUUGUGACAUCAAAGCGAGCGAUUGAUGCGUCUGUCAUUCUGUCAAGAAAAUAUGGCCGUCCAGCUAUUUUUAUUUCAUAAUGUUACUGAAUUUUAACUCUCUGAAUCUUUCGUUUAUUUAUUGGAUUCGUUUCAAAACAAAAGGUUUAUUUUCGACCUGAGGUUUGGGAUUAAGAAUUUCACAGAGUUUUAUUCGAAAUUUCAACUCGAGUUUAAUCGUAAAUGUCUGCAUUUCUAAGAUAUUGUUUUAAUCGCCUCAUUUGGCAACCAAACUGGCUUUUAUAAUUAAACAUAUCUCGCUAACGUUGGCUUCUUGCUUGAGACUUGAUAUUAUUUUAGCUGCAGGUGAAUUAUCUAGACAAUUAUUAUUUUGUGCUAGACUGAAAAUAACUUUAAUAGAGCCACCCUCGCUACUUGUGCAGUCUCUUGUAUUCAUUGAAUUAUAAUUAUCGUCUUAAAGAUUUCGAUCUAGCUUUAGUCUCAGAUGAUUCAUACUAAAGCUUUUUCAUAUACCAAGCCGAAUUUCUUCAACAACUCCAAAUCCGUUAUAGCAGAAAAUCAAUUAGCACUUUAUGAUUCAAAAAAUCUUUAUGAAUUCUGCAAGCUCUCUUCAAAAAUUUGGAAAAUAUAGCUUUUAAAAUCUUGAAUUCACGUCUUAAUCGGUUUCCGGGUAAUCCAUUACAUGACAGCGGUUUAAAAAUGUUUUUUGAUAGUGUUUUCUGUUUAAUAAAAAAUGUUUCGACCUUGAUUGAGUUCAUUGUCGGUAUUGGCGUAAAACCGUUGCAUUGCCUCGUCGGUGUGUCUGUAAGAUUUUGUUAAUUCAUUCGCUAGAUGAUUAUUUUGAUUUUAUGCGGAGUUUCAACGAGAUUUAGGUACUCUCUGGUCUUUAUUUGGAGUUGUUUCUUCGUUUGCUAUUUAUAGUGAGUUUGAAUUGAUGGUCGUGUUGAAUUUCAAUUGAUAAAGCACAAUCAUGUGUUUCUUUGUCUGUUUGUUUUAUCGUCACUUGUGUUUCAGAAUAGAAGACUAACUUCUAGACUUGAUCUUAUAAGACUCGAAAACAUAGAGCAGCAUUUUAAAUGUUGACACUUUUUGGUCUAUCAUUGGCACUUGAAAAUCGAAAUAACGUUUCUGAAAAUGUCGGAUAUCAUAAAACAUAAAUCAGUAAUACAGUUGCAGACUAAUUAACUUAUGAAUGGCAUGAAAAGAGGGGAGGAAUAAUACUUGGUAAUGAGGGAUUAAUCCCUAUGAAUUGGGCUUCAGAGGGUUGUAAUCCUAGUACACGGUUAAACCUAUAGUAUCGGUCUGGAAAAUCUUCAUUGAUGGCCGUUUAAAUGCAUUGGUUAUGUUCUGUUUUGUGGACAGUCGUUUAGAUGUCUCUUUUGAAGGUGAUAUUUUUAAUAUCUUCUCCUAGCUAGAACUAUCCCUCUGCUGGGCAAAGGCCUAUCCAUUUUGUCUGCACAAUUCCCAAUCCUUCUUGUGUGCAGGUAUUAAAAAUAUUAUUACUCAGUUUUUGAAAUGUUGCUUCCGAAAUAACUAACUAGACUGGUUACUUAAAUCAUACUUACAUUAUGGUUAGUUGGAUGGUUACAUUAUCUAAAUCUACGGCUUUACUUCUAAGUAAGAGUGAAUACAAGUAGACAGUCUUUCUAUUAUCUCAAACUUUCCAGUUGUCCUCGUACUUAAGAGAAAGGAUGAUCUGAAUAUUUCCCAAUGAUCACUCAUCUUCUAUGGGUACAGUAUAAUUGUAGCAAGACCGUGUUGUAAUGUCCCACGGCUGUUUGUAGCCACGAGCCCCACCGCUGAGCCUACCAUUUGACAUGAAGAGGAAAAAACAAAGCUCACUCAAUAUGGUACCGUCAUUACUUUGAAGAUCCCUCAUUAUCAUUAUAUUAAUUAAACAUUAACAGUCACUUUGUUGUUUUACCGACAGAACUUUGUUUGUAGAAAAGUUAAUACAUUGCUUCGUCUAACUAUUGAAAGUAUUUCUGAUAUAAAGGUUAAGAAAGUUAUUCGGAUGACAGUUGAUAGCUUCAUUCCUAACCUGGUUAUUAAUAUCACGAACGUAUUUUUUUUAUAUCUUACACAUUUUGCAAUACCUACACUCGACUUAAUUCCGUCAUAUUGUAAUGGUAUAUUGACAAAGUAAUCAUUCGUAAAGUUAACAAUACAUUCAAUAGAUUGUUCAAUGUAAUAUGUACCAGUAAUUUUUGUUGUGAAAAAUAAGUUUGAAACUUUCAUUGCGUAUAAGCAUUGAAUGCAAAUAAAUGUUUUUUUGUCCAGCCGUGGAAAAUAAAUUACUCGUGGAAAAUACCUUUUCCCAGUUAGAUUAUUGACACUUUUUUAUGUGGACAAUCAUCAAAUGACCCCUCCCACUGUGGGUGCAGCGUGAGGGAGUGUCAGACUCUUACUGACUAAAACCCACCAUGUCCCUUCUGGAGCCCUUCAUGUGCCAGGGCCGCGGUAACUCGCGCGAACAAUCCCGCAGCAUUUUGACACCUCGAUGCAAAUUGAAACUCAAUUGUGAAAAUCAGACAUUUUUUCUUAGUAAUCUCUCUCAUUAGUUUGAAUUAGUUGUGCUGUGUACUUAGAAUAAUAUUUAACGCCUGAUUAUUAUUGUUAUUUAAACAAAAUGAUGACCUCAUCUGCAGAAUCUCGAAAAGAAAUCAGUCCGCUAGUUUUAAUGAAAAAGUAAUACAUAAUUUUUAUAUUUAAAACUGUUGAAAGGUUUCUCAAACAGAAAUUUUGAUGAAGAUGCGUAUUUCUUAUAGACUUAUUAUUUUUAAGUAAGUACUUACAAUUUGUUAGUUCAGAAAAAAAAAUGUUUCUUUUGUUACGGCUGCCUUAUUUAAAUCGUAAUUGUGUUGAUAAAUCAUUUAUGAAACCAAUUUUAUCCAUUUCUUCACAUUUUUUUAUUGUCAGCCCUAAAAAUGGGAAUGACAAAAUCAGAUUAUAAAAUGAGCCACUUCUGUUUCUAAUAUAGUUUAGCACAUUAAUUAAGCUAUUUACAAAUCACAUGGUGUUCUUUUGGUUAAAGAUACAGUCUCACAAGUUCAUUUACCUCUUUAUAAUAUUAGUAUGGAUUGAAAAACUAUCGGCCUAAAUAUGAAUAUAUUUACGUAACAAAACUACAAAACUAAUGAACUAUCAGGUCACUACUACGCAAUGAAAGUCAGGUUUUUGUCUGGGAAACAUUUCAACAAUAAUUGAUAUUAUGUAAGCCUAAAAUUAUAUUGUCUGUGACAAAUUUCCUUUAACGCUAAAUGUUAGUUUGUACUGAAUAUAAUCGGUCCAGUGAUUCAACUUGAAAGCCACGAUCCUAUAACUUGUGCCUGGUUUUACUAAAACUUCGUUAAAGCUUUAAAAUAAAAAGAAAAAAAAAAAAAAAUUUUUUUUCGAUUUUUUUUAUAAAUUUUUUGUUAAAAAUUUUAAAGCUUCAACGAAGUAUUUUGGUAAAACGUUUGUUUGCUCAGUAAAGGUUGUAAAAUCUAAAUGUUUCGUGACCCAAUUCUGUAUUUGUGAUGGUUUACUCGAAAAGCAGGAGCAAUGAACUGUAACUAGCCGUUUUUUCUAUAAAUAACUUCUAUUAGAUUAAUUUUAUCGAAGACUGGAUAACAUGGAUUAACGAAAAAUUAUGUACAUGUAAAAAUAUUUUAUACAAAAGAGCAUUUUUAUGAAUUAACACAUUAUUUUAAGAAAAACAAUAAUAUUUCUGUAGUUCAUUGCUCGUGCAAUUUUUUUUUACUAUUUUUAAUAAAUAAAGUUCCAUUUUUAUUAAGAAAUAUUCGCAUUGGUGCUACUAGCGAUCGCUAAUAUAGGUUUUACAUUUUAAUUUUUAUUUAAUAAUAUUUUUUUGUACUUAUUUCAAUUUUUUAUAGACUUUUGUUGAUGUACUUAAUUCUUUUUAACGUUUUACUAGCGAGAAAAUUCUAGAAUUAUGAAAAAGCUUCAGCUACCUCUUUAAACUGUUCUAAAGGUAUUUUUGUAAAAAAUAACUAAUUUUAGAAUUAGUGAAUAAAGCUUAAAAUCUUGGGUCACUGGAUCGGUUAUUGCAAUUUCCUAAAACGAAUAAAAAAAAUGAUUCAAAAUCCACAUUUUUCCUAAAAAUGAAUAUUUAAAAAUAAAACGAGUGCGUGAAUUGUCACGUUAACGGGUUCCGUAGAUAUUUUUGGAAAAGGCAAUUUUUAAAACAGAAUUUAUUUAAACAAUGAAUUUUUUAUUAAUAUUUUGCUCAAAACUGAUAAAUCUGAAAUGUAUUAUAUGGAAAUGAUUUUUUUUAUUGUUCUUUUAAUAUCUACGGGACCCAAGAGAUUUGAUGAUACUUAAUAGGUUGUAGGCGACGGUAAAAACCGUAAAUGUACGAUAUAUUUUGCAGCCGUAUUGUUAGUUAAUGCUGUAAUUAAUGAAAUAAAAUAAAAUCGCGGCCAUAAAGUCUCUGAAUUGAUUUGGAAAAGUAAAAUGUAAAUUUAUUGGUAGAGGCAGAGAAUUGUAUCAAUUUUUUAUAAUUUUAUGCAUUUUUUGUAUUAAUAUACUGAUCUGUACAAUUAAUUUCACAUAUUUUACCUUUUUUUAAAGUUUUUUUUCGAAACAUUUUGUAAAAAUGUUUUUUCAAUAUUUUAUUUAUAACAACAAACUCUGCCUUCUGCCUCAAUAAUGGGACGAAUAGUAAUAAAGAACAUUGUUAUCGAAAUUGGUUAAAAUUUCGUUAAGCCGCCAUUUUAUCAAUUGAAUGUCCCGCCAAAAUCACGCCGCCAUUUUGAAUUACAAACAAAACUGCAUUUGAUUUGCGCUUUCCACUGUAAUAUUAAGCUGUGCGCUUUAAAUAAUGCAAUAUUUUAGUAUUAUUUGUAAAAAUGACUUAUUUUUGGCGGGCAUUUAAUUGAUAAAUGAUUGGUCUUGCGGGAAGUCAGGCAACAGUCUUAAAAACAAUGUGAAAGAAAAUGGCGUCGAUCGAAUUGCACGUCAAAUAUCCAUGGGUUAGAACGAUCUAAUCCUUAUAUCGGUAACGAUUGUGAUUUCUUUCUUAUGGAUAUUCGAAGCGCAGUUUUGGUAGGUCCAGUCCAUUUUGUAGAUAUUAUGACUCGGUAUUAAUGUAGGAUUAAAUCACUGGAAGUGUAGCCAUGAGGCUAAGAAGCACUUUUCGACUAAAUAGUAAGUAUAGGAGCACCGAAUGUUUUGUGCAGUUGACAGCUGUCAGUUUUGACAGCAACUGUCAACUCCACCACAAAACGGUCGGAGUAUAAAUGUCGGGUAUUUAGAGAUCGAAGCCUUUUUUUUAAACAUUGUUUUCGAGACCCAGCCUUUUGAGAUUUGUAAAAAUUAAAAAUAGUACUGGAGGUUCGAAAAAUAAAGUGUACCUACUAAGUAUUUGGUAUAAAAUAACUUGUAAAUAUGUUGUUAAAAUAAGUGUAGUCCCUGUAGGUAUUUAUUUGUACGAUUUCGGGCCUUUGUUGAAAUCCAAAGUUUUUAAUUUAUUUUUCGACCAAUAAAUGUUGGAGAGAACUA